UAUAUAUAUUGCACUCGACGCUAGCGCGCCACGUGAUCGCGCACGAAGUCGAUCGUCAAUCCUCCCGUAAUUUAGUGCGGUAUGGUGGAUAUGGUGCGGUGAAUGAAUGAUAAGCACGAGGAUAAUAGUAGCCAGUUUUCGCCGUAUAUGCUUUCUCGAACGCGCAUCUCGUUAGAGUAUUUAAAGGAGACGAUGACAUUCAGGCGAUUGUGAGGGCCUGCUACGGAAUAAUCAAGGCCGAAGGGUGGAAACGAAACGAGCGAGAAAAAUGUGCAUUGUGAUGCUGUCAAGUUUGGUGCUGAUGUUCGUUGUGCGCUGAUUGUGUCGUAAAAAGCGCAACACUCAGCUAAUACACGCGAUGCAAUCCAUUUACUGGACCGGACGGCUGCUGUCGCGCGCGCUCUGGAACGGCAUCUCGAGUUAUAGCUCUGCGUGCGGCACCGAGCAGCAGCUGAACGCGGCCGUUGCAAGCAACAGUAAACGCUGCGAGGCAUCGCUCGUCUCCGCCGUGUGCGGCUUCCCGAAGGACUUUACGCGAAGUCGAAUACGCAGGGGACAGUUCGGCGAUGACGCCUGGUUCACCGCCAAAUUCCGGACGGCUGAAGUGAUAGGUGUGGCCGAUGGCGUGGGAGGAUGGCGACACUACGGAAUUGAUCCGGGAGAAUUUUCUAGUUUUCUGAUGAGAACAUGUGAGAGGCUAGUCUCCAUGGGUAGAUUUACACCUACUGAACCAGCAGGCUUAUUAGCGCGUAGUUACUACGAAUUAUUAGAAAAUAAACAACCAAUAUUAGGUAGCAGCACUGCGUGCGUCAUAGUCCUCAAUAAAGAGACGAGCAGCAUUUAUGCAGCAAAUAUAGGAGAUAGCGGUUUCGUAGUCGUGCGAAAGGGAGAGGUGGUGCAUCGCUCCUCGGAGCAGCAACACUACUUCAACACUCCCUUCCAAUUGUCGCUCCCGCCUCCAGGACAUUCUGGUCUAGUGCUUCGCGACAGUCCAGAGUCCGCCGAUACUUCGAGCUUUGGGGUCGAAGACGGCGAUGUAAUCCUUCUGGCAACCGAUGGAGUAUUCGACAAUGUGCCUGACCAGUUGCUAGUCACUGAAAUGCAAAAGAUCGAGGGUGAGAGAGACCCGACAAAAAUACAGUGCGUCGCUAACACAAUAGCGUGGAUGGCACGCCGUUUGGCCUUCGAUGGCGCCUUUAUGUCUCCAUUUGCUCAAAGUGCCCAGGAGAAUGGCAUCGACGCGAUAGGUGGCAAACCGGAUGACAUCACGGUGCUUUUAGCAACAGUGGCGAUAUGAUAAAACAAUAAAGAACAAGUGUACAAUAGAGCCCCGAUGAUCAUUGUAUUAUAGUCCAUGUCAUUGCAUAUAUGUAUUUAGUUAUACAUCAUUAUAUUAAUCCUAUUACGCUAAUCAUUUAUUAUUUAAAUCGAAAUAAAUGGUUUUGUAAAAUCA